CAGAUACCUGUGAAGAGUGUAGCCUGAGAAAAGAGAAAUGUUCACAUUUGAAAGACAAGUGUAGUUGCCUUUCGCUACACCUAAGUUCAGUAUACUUGGAUAGUAAAGGAAAGUACAAUGACAGUAAAACAGUCUACUCAGUCUACGACUUAAAUGAUUGUUUAAACUUGUGUUGAAAGGGCUGAAUCUGAAAUCCUUGGCAGCACAGUUGAAUUAUUCUGUUGGUUUCUCCAAGAUGCUGAAAUAACAGAGCAGAGCAAUGUAAUCCGUUCUAAAAAGGAGUAGUGAUGUGAUUUCUGGUUGCUUUCGAAUCAUAGGGCACUGACGUCUCCAACGUUAAACUUUGGCAUUUGAUGCCAUUGCUAGAUAAAGUGAUAGUCUCAGAGGGGGGCGUCAGCUUCAGCCCUUUGACAUCUGUUCUCCAGUAGAGUCACGGUAUAAUUCAUCUCGUGUGAACAGAUUCUGCGCACGCGACAACAUUACACAAGAUUGUAGUUCUGCUAUACCUGAGAUUACAGUUUAAACUAUGCCUCAGGAAAACAUGAUCUACUGAGGGAAUAUUUGGUCAAAUUUUUCUCAAUUUCAAUGUCUUUGUUUGUUUUGCAUGCCACUGCAAUGUGCUGCUUGUGCUUCUUGCAAGCUGUAGUGUUAGUACUCACUUCAUAAUACCGUGUAUACAUCACACACAUACUGUAUCUGACAGUCUACGAUACAUGGGAACUAGGAAGUGGUGUCAUAAUUAUGCCAACGCAUCUCUCUGCUUGAGCAAAAAAAGCUGUAGCCUGGACCCAGAUAUUUUUGUGCUGCCUCCUCUAGUCAUUGUAGGAGUUGACAAGAGAGCAUAAACAGAUCUGAGACCAGGCUAAUGGAACUGUGUUGCUGCAUUGUAUAUCACACUGGCAGUCAUCACACUGGCCAUUCACUCUUACUCACUUCGUCUGUAUUAUGGUUGGGGAUUUUGAUUCAACUGUAUCACCGUUUUUUGCUCGUUCAGGGUCUCGUCAUCAUGGAUGAGAUGGAGGACAAGACUUCUGUGCCUUCAGACGAGAGCGAUGUUGAAGUUGAACUACGACGAUCAUCCAAGAUCCAGACAGAAAACAGAAGAACAUCUAGAUGGAGGAAUGGUCAGUGUGUGCUGGCAGUACCCACCUCCUCCAUGCUGAACCCCAGGUUUGAUCUGUCAUUCUGCAGGGCUCUGCUGGAGAGGGAAGGCUUCCAGAUUCCUGUAGCAGACUUUGAGACACCUCUGGAAAUAGCAUUGGACGUGCCCUCAGUCAGGAGAUACCUGUUCUUUAACUCUUCUCUCUUCCACUUCAUCAUGGCACCGAUUCUAUAUGUGGUGAUAUGGUGUGCUGUGUUCUCCACUCUUCACCUCUAUCUCUCAGUCACUGACUACUGGGUCCUCUGCCUGUCUGUCAGUCUGGCCUCCAUCUUCCUCACCACAGCCAUCAUUGUCAUCCUCCACUAUAGUAACAAGGAGAUAAACAUGAACAUUGACGUGCGACUCAUCCAGGUGAAUGAGAGGCUGAGCCGGCAUAAGCUGCUUGUAGGCGUGGCUGACUGGGUGCAGAACUGUACUGGGAGUCUACAGCUGUUCAUUGUGUACUGGGAUACGGCCCACUGCUUGAGGGCACUGACUGAAACUCUAGAGGAGAUGUGCUUUGUCAGAGACGAGGCCCAGAAAAUACUUAAUAAGAGAAUGUCCCACCUUGUCCUGGUGACAGAUGUCAUGACCUUUGAUCCUGUGGCGGGGGGGUCAAGUGUCAAUGAAAGUUCUGAUGAGGAAAGGCCCCUCUUGAUGAACGAUGAGGAGACUGGACACAGUACCUCAACCAGCCAGAGGGAGGACACCAAACUCACCGCUAACUACAGUUUGGUACCGGACCAAAUAUUACCAGCUCAGGCCAAAGCACUCCAACUUUUACUGACCUAUGGUGCGGUGUUUGUCAAGCUGUUAGUGUCUGAAAAGCUGCCAAACUCCACACACCGCCCCCUACGCUCCAGGAGGAAUCACUGCACCACUGCCUCCCUUUGUCUGUGUCAGUAUAUCAAAACCAAGGUUCUACGAUUAUAAGACAGGGACACAGAGAAGCUGAUUCAUUCCACUUUAAAUAAUAUUGUAGGACAGUAUAAUAUUUGCACUGAUCAUGUAACAAUUGCGAUUUGAAACCCACUUCUGUGUAAAAACAAAUUGCAUUAAAUUGUACAAACAAUAAAUAU